UAACUCGCAGCGCAAUCAAAUCGAUUGGCAUGUGUCAGGCAGAAGCUGAACCCACUUGAUCAAAUCUGAGAGGCGGACAUCCAUCAACGUCUCAGGAUAUCACUCACAGGAACAGUUCAACUAACCGUACAAGGAGGAAAUUUAAAAUCAACUUUUCUCCGUUAAGAUGUCCAACUCGGGAGGUCGCAGGCUGAAGCAGUGGCUGGUGGAGCAGAUCCAGAGCGGGCAGUACUCCGGACUGCAGUGGGAGGAUGAGAGUCGCACCAUGUUCCGAAUUCCAUGGAAACACGCAGGGAAGCAGGAUUACAACCAAGAAGUAGACGCGUCCAUUUUUAAGGCUUGGGCUGUGUUUAAAGGCAAGUUUAAGGAGGGGGAAAAGGCUGAGCCCGCAACAUGGAAGACCAGACUCCGCUGUGCCCUGAAUAAAAGCCCUGACUUCGAUGAGGUGACAGAAAGGUCACAACUGGACAUCUCUGAGCCCUAUAAAGUGUACCGGAUUGUACCUGAGGAAGAGCAGAAGAAUGGCAAAAGCUCAGUAAUGACCAUGACGGCUACCAUCAGCUCUGUGGAUAUCCCUGACAUGGACUGCAGCCCUGCAGCGAUAGAGGAGCUCAUUAAAGAGGAGGAAGGCUGCAGCAUACAGGCCAGUCCUGAGUAUUGGUCCCACGGCAACAUCAAUGCUUUCCCUCUGCAUCAGGACCCUUUGCCAUCAAGCAACGUCAGCUCAGCUUUCUCCCAGAUGAUGAUCAGUUUCUACUACGGAGGAAAACUGAUGAACACCACGUCUGUCACUUAUCCCGAAGGCUGCCGCAUCUCCCCACAGCAGCACCUUGGUCGUGGAGUUCUAUACAGUUCAGACAGCAUGCAGAGUGUUCAUUUCCCCUCUGCUGAGCUCAUAGAGUAUGACCGCCAGCGCCAUGUCACGCAUAAGCUCCUGGGCCACCUGGAGAGAGGCGUGCUGGUACGUGCCAACCAGGACGGCAUCUUCAUCAAAAGGUUGUGCCAGAGCCGAGUCUUCUGGAGCGGGCUGGGAGCGGGGGGCUCGCAAUACAAUCCCAUGCCUUCGAAACUUGAGAGGGACGCUGUCGUCAAGAUUUUUGACACUGAAAAGUUUCUUCAAGCUCUGCAGCUGUACCAGGAGGGGCAGUUUCCUGCUCCCGACCCGGCAGUGACUCUGUGUUUUGGUGAGGAGCUGCAUGAUCUGAGCAACGCCAAGAGCAAACUGAUCAUUGUGCAGAUCACAAUGGUCAACUGCCAGCACCUGCUGGAGGCAGUGAACGUGCGUCGACCGCAGCCCUACUGCAACAACUCACACCUGGACAUGUCUGAUUCCGCGGCCAGUGACCAGAUGGCUCGCAUCUACCAGGACCUGUGCAGCUACAGCGGCCCCCAGAAGUCCGCCUGCUACAGGGACAACGUGCCCAUCACUGCCUGAACUGUGAGCAGCAACGUGCUUGGAACACACCUUUUAUAGACAUUUGUUUUCCUAGCGUACUCUGAAGGGAAUUUAGGUAUUCCGGUUAGUUUUGACUCUUUAGGUUCAUACCAAUCACAUUGUAGACAUGCGUAAGGAGUAGUAAAGCUCGAAAUGUAGGAUUUCUCUAUUAUUUGUUUAUCUGUUUUUGUAUAUACAGUGCUAAUACACGCUGCGUCUAACUUCUUCUUUUUUAUCAUAAGAAAUAGUAAUCAUGUUAUCAUCCAGCUCACGAGAAAAUGUGAUAUAUUUUUAUAUGGUACACACAACUCAAGAACAGAUUGGUGUUAAAUGAUGGAGAUGGAUAUUCUUUCAGAAAUUUUUCGAUUCUUUUGAAAUAUUUGUAUGACUUGAUAAAAUCUUUUGGACUUUUCAAUGCAAUGUUUUUUUGCAUUACAGAUAGGUUUUACUAUCAAUAUUUUGUAUGAUCUGCAUUUCUAGUAAAACUAAGUUUGUACUAAACUGCACGGGCUCGUCUGUAAAUAAUGUUAUUUUCUGUUUGUUUUUUUACCAAUGCUAAAUGUUUACCAUGAUAGACAUAGGAUCAAAGCUCAAUAACCACAUAUAACAUAACCAGGUAGUCAUUUCAACCAUUUCAUUGAUCUGUAAAAAUAAAUUAAAUCAACAUGUGGAACUUG